CAUGAUGGAGGAACACCAGCCUCUUAUAUCACAAGAAAAUCCCAGUAAGAAUUCUGAUGAGAACAUCAUGUUAUCACAAAUUUAUAAAGCAGAAGAUGAAGAUAUCAUGCAGCGCUCUUCAGAAGAAAAUGUCAAUGUACAUUUAGGACUUCACAGUACAGAUCUGUUAUAUAAUCCCCCUAAUCAUGAGGAACCUUCUCCUGACCGAUCACUGAUUGUUACCACAAGUACAGGUUUAGAAGGGGGUAAAAGGUUCCAGUGUGGUAAAGAGUUUUCAGAAAUCUCAGGCAUUUCUACAUACAGAAGAAUUCACAGACGUGAGAAACCAUAUUCAUGUUCAGAAUGUGGGAAGUGCUUUACAGAGACGUCAAAUCUUCUUAGACAUGAGAGAAGUCACAUAGGAAAAAAAACGUAUUCAUGUUCAGAAUGUGGAAAAUACUUUAUGGAUAAACCAAGUCUUUUUAUUCAUGAGAAAAGUCACACAAGAGAGAAACCACAUUCAUCUACACAAUAUGGGAAAAGUUUUACACAAACAUCAGACCUUGUUGCCCAGGAGAGAAUUCACACAGUAGAGAAGCCAUAUUCAUGUUCAGAAUGUGAUAAGUGUUUUACAGUGAAAUCAAAUCUUCUUAGACAUAAAAAAAUUCACACGGGAGAAAAACCAUAUUCAUGUUCAGAAUGUGGGAAAUGUUUUGCACAAAAAUCAGAUCUUGUUAAACAUGAGAGAGUUCACACAGGUGAGAAGCCGUAUUCAUGUUCAGUAUGUGGGAAGCGCUUUACAGAGAAAUCAAAUCUUGUUACACAUGAGAAAAUUCACACAGGAGAAAAGCUGUAUUCAUGUCCAGAUUGUGGGAAGUGCUUCAUAGAGAAAUCAAAUCUCCAUAGACAUGAGAGAAGUCACACAUGUGAGAAACCAUAUUCAUGUUCAGAAUGUGGAAAAUGCUUUAUAGAUAAACCAAGUCUUGUUAUUCAUGAUAGAAUUCACACAGGAGAGAAGCCAUAUUCUUGUUCAGAAUGUGGGAAGGGCUUUACAGUGAAAUCAAAUCUUCGUACACAUGAGAGAAGUCACACAGGAAAAAAAACGUAUUCAUGUUGAGAAUGUGAAAAAUCUUUUACACAUAAAUGCAGUCUUGUUAGUCAUGAGAGAAUUCACACAAUGGAAAAGCCAUACUCUUGCUCAGAAUGUAGGAAGUGCUUUACAAAUAAAUCUCAUCUUGUUACACACGAGAAACAUCACACAACAGAGAAAACAUACUCCUGUUCAGAAUGUGGGAAAUGUUUUAAACAAAAAUCAAAUCUUGUUACGCAUGAGAGAAUUCACACAGGAGAGAAGCCCUAUUCAUGUUCAGAAUGUGGGAAAAGUUUUACAGAUAAGUCAAAUCUGGCUAUACAUGAGAGAAGUCUCACACACGAGAGAAGCUAUUUUCGUGCUCCGAAUGUGGGAAAUGUUUUAUAUCUAAAGCAGGGUGGAUUUGAUUUAAAUCAAACCGAUUUUAAAUCACGAUUAAGGUCAGGAUUAAGAUCUUUUUCUCAACUCUUUUCAUGUUA